AUGGUCCCAGAUGGACGUCAGUAUCAUGCUCGAUACGAUGCGCAGGGCAACCCCUCUCCUUCCGCCCUGAUACGAGACCGGGCUUGGGACCGAGGGGCGAUCAACCUGCAUGCAUCCAACGAAGACGCGAUUAGGUACCGGUGCCUCCCCUUCCUCAUGUUGCCAAACAGUCCCCAACAAAAGCCGGUAAAAGAGGGCAUUACACAAAACGUGUUCCACUUCCCCUCCAUGCCGCCCGAGGAUCAAUCUGUUCUAGUGUCUUGCGGGGAGAUCGUGGCAUUGGACAUCGUCAUGAUGGCUGACAAGGUACGAAAAUAUUUUCGAGGCGUAGACCAUGUGAGUUCGUAUCCGUCGUACGGCAGCGUAGGCGCUGGACUAAUCUACGUGAGGAAGAACCGAGGCAUCUUGCUUCCUCGCAAAGUCAGGAGGAUGUGGUUGAGGUCGCAUCGUGUUUCUGAAAUUCUCAAUAUGAAGUUCGCAGUGCUUCUUACCUCAAUCUCAUUCAUCAUUCCAUCCCUCUCUCACCCACUCGAGGAUCGCGAUGCCCCUCAGACAGUUCACCUUACCUUCCACGGGGGCCCCGCGUCUUACGAGAUGACAAUUCCUGCCGAUGGGCAGGUGUAUCCUACAAACAACGACAUCUCCGUCAACAUCAUCGACGCACCAGACUACAACGCCCUCUCCCAGUGCACCUUCUAUACAAACGGCGAGAAGGCUCUGGUCGGCGGCAUCACGCCCCAGGGUCUCCAGCAGGUCAUCAUCGGACCACCGCAGCCCGUCACGGGAGUCAGCUGUGUCGGUAUCUGUGUCCCGACGUACGGGAUGUGCUACGAUCUCAACGGGCAGUACGUCGGGCCAUGUUGCAACGGAUUCUGCGCGGCGACGAGGUGUAGACCUUGGAUCCAGCCUUCUUAA